CAACCAUGACCUUACCCUGUUACCAUAAUUUCCAUACAUAAAGUAAUACAAUUUAUUUAUUUUAAUCAACAUGUAUUAUUAUUAUUAUUAUAAAUGAUAUAUCAUUGACAUGCUCACAGAAAACAAAUAUGACGACCCAAACUGUUGAAAAAGGAAUAAACUUUAGUCGUCCUCUCCAGCAGAGUGAUACCCUGGGCAUUAUGGGAAAUGUAGUCUUUAUGACGAAGUACAAUUUGGCCCAGCUAAAAGACUCCCAAUCUGUUUUAACUCACUUAUGUCGUCCAGGAUAUGAAUGUAUAAGUAAUCUACCCAAUGUUCGCGUAAUAAAUACCACUGUAAAUAUAUGGAACAGCCCACUGGUUAAAAUAUAAUCUUCACGGGAGAAAUACAUUUUUCAGUUUUACUGCUGAUUCCGUGAAAUUGGGAAAGCGAAUCCAGUUUUUUGGCAAAAUGACAGCGAAGGAUCAGCGAUGGUGAACCAGAUGAGUCACAUCUGGAGGGAAAAAGGAGGAGAAGCAAAAAAAAGCAGUGGGAGAGAAAAGUGGGAUUGUUGGUGAGGGUGAGCUCAGUCCUCAGAGGUUUUACAACAUGGACCAUGAACACCAGGAAUAAGACUGACCGUAAUUACCACCUUCUUUUUCUGAUGUCGCUGGGAACAAACAUGACAUAUGGCUUUCCUCAGAAAAAUUAACCAGAUCCUGCUGGUGCUGCUGUUGCUGCUGCUGUGUGUGCUGCUGCACAGCUCCCUGCUCAGAGCCUCCACCCGGCCCACACUCUCAGAUCACUGGAACGGCGUCGUCAGCGCAGCUCGAGUUCCCGUCGUGAGUCCAGAGGUGGAUAAUGUCGUCCCUGUCAUCAUAUGUGCCUCGGAGGAGCGUAUCGGUGCAGCCAUGGCGACCAUCAACAGCAUCUACAGCAACACAGACGCCAGCGUCUUCUUCUACGUUGUCACUCUUCGUGACGCCGUGAAGCUGACGAGACAGUACAUCGUGAAGACCAAACUGAAAGGCAUCAAGUAUAAGAUAUUGGAGUUUAACCCAAUGGUCCUGAAGGGAAAAGUGAAGCCGGAUUCUUCUCGACCUGAUCUGUUACAUCCGCUCAACUUUGUGCGCUUUUACUUACCUCUGCUCGACAUCAACCACAAGAGGGUGAUCUACUUAGACGAUGAUGUCAUUGUCCAGGGUGACAUCAAGGAUCUGUUUGGUGUCCAGCUGAAGCCGGGUCACGCUGCUGCGUUCUCCACUGACUGCGACCUGCCAUCCACACACGAGAUGGUGCGCAGCAUCGGCAUGCAGACAAAUUACAUGGGCUUCCUGGACUACAGGAAGAAGGAAGUGAGAGACCUGGGCAUCAACCCCAGAGAGUGCUCCUUCAACCCUGGAGUGUUUGUGGCCGAUAUCAGCGAGUGGAAGAAGCAGAAGAUCACCAAACAGCUGGAGAAGUGGAUGGAGGAGAACUUCAGGCAGAACAUAUACAGCAGUGCCAUGGCAGGAGGCGUCGCUACUCCCCCCAUGCUCAUAGUGUUUCAUGACAAAUACACGACACUGGACCCCCUGUGGCACGUCAGACACCUGGGCUGGAGUCCAGACGCCCGCUACUCAGAGAGCUUCCUGCAGGAGGCGCACCUGCUGCACUGGAACGGUCCCUUUAAACCGUGGAGUUACCCUGCUGUUCACUUGGAUCUGUGGGAGAAGUGGUUUAUCCCAGACCCCUCCAGAAGGUUCUCCUUGGUACGACCUGAGAGUGACAGCUGAGGUCUGUGGAACAUACCAUGUCUGAACAGCAGGUGGACGUGAGCAUGAAGGUGUGGCAGGUGAAUGUCAUGCUGAGGAGUUAUGAGAUAGUGUUUGCAGAGUGGAAACUCUUUGCUCAUGUGACAAAUGUGUUGUCUGCAGCUCGAGGAGACACCUGUAAAGACUUUAGAGUGUUACCUGUAGCAUUUAGUUUAAGGUGAAAUUAAGAAACUGUGACAAGUGUUUGUAUUAAUUGUGUUGAGUGGAAGAAAACGUGUUUCUACGCUGACCUGAAAUAAAAUAUCAGAAC